GUGACAUCGCGGAGCUCGACGCGCGCGCACCGCCCGACGCGCGGGAGGAUCGAAUCCGAUUUUACAAUCCGUCGCGAAUCAUCUCGAGCAGGUAACGAUUAAAGCUGCGAUUUGGAACGCGUUAAAAUUCGUUAGUGCAGUUUUCUCUCCAUCGCGAUCGUCGCUAUCGGCGAUCCUCCUCCGUUUUUUUUUUUUACUCCCGCCGCCGCUAGGGUACAGUGUUUGCUUUCAAAGUGACGUACGGUGUAAAUCAACGACGAAAAAGGAAUAGAAGAAAUAGAAUCGUGCGUGAGCCGCGUGAUGCGAAUCGAUAAAUGUGCGACACAAUGCGAUACACGUUCGAAAACGAUGCGACGAUGGGAAUGGUUUCCGGGAUCCAGUGAAUAGUGGCGAGAGGGUUGCAAAUCGUCGCGACCGCUGAUGACAGCUCGUGACACCACGUGUUCACGACGUCAUUCGAAGACGACGACAACGACGACGUCGGUGACGGUGACGGUGACGAUCGGAGGUGACGUUGGCGCCGGGACGAUCUGUCGCGGCAGUGCCGCGAUGCGUGUAACGUGUGUGCAAGCUGCAUCUGGCAGUACGUUUUGAUCGAGUGUUAAGGGAUUGACGGCUCAGGUAACGGUUCCUGAUUCCGCUUAUCUUCCUAGUGAUGCUUGUUGUAGCGCGAAUCGCACAGUAGUUCGUGAUGUCCAAUGUGUUUCCGACUUUGACAAAUUGGAGAUUACCCAGAGAUGUGACCCGUAUACGAAUUUAUUAUAAUUGUGCUUCCUCUAUCAGUUUUCUCUUCUUGAGUUUCGUUCGUAUAUAAGAUAAACGUUCUGGUGACCGGACAUGUACCUAUAUCCGGAUAUUUACACAAAAACUUAUUAUCAGAGUGGGAGAGUAACACGUUACUCGUAACGCCGUUGCUGACAGAUUAGGUUCUUGAGAAUCGAAUGAGACGCGAACUACGUUAGGAUGGUACGAGGGUGAAAUCGCUAAGAGACGUUCGUCAGUAUGCUGCGGAUAUUGAUAGUGGUGACGUGCAUCGAGAUAUCGACGUUCGCCAGUGCACAGUCGAAAGGAACUACUUCUUUCGAUAAUGAUGCGAACAGCGAUGAACCUGAGCAUCCGAUACCCGUGGAGUCGAUACAGGGGGUGGCGGGUCAGAGGACGAUCUUGCCGUGUAACAUACAGCCCCGCGAGUCGAAUGACGCCGUCUCCAUGGUGCUCUGGUUCAAAGAGGACAGCGGCGAACCUCUGUACAGUUACGACGCGAGAAGUCGACAGUUUGGAAAAGCGAAAUUGUGGAGUGCAGCGCAUUUUUGGGGCCAUCGGGCGUCUUUUCGUGCGAGCCCGCCGGCGCAGCUGACACUUCAGGACCUUCGACAAAGUGACGAGGGUGUUUACAGGUGCAGGGUCGAUUUUCGAAACUCGCCGACGAGAAACUUGAAAGUUAAUCUCACCGUUAUCGUGCCACCGAUGAAGCCGAUAAUCUAUGACGCGAAGAGGCGAGACAUGAGUAAACUUCUCGAGGCUUACCCGGAGGGAGCUGACCUGUUCCUGGUUUGCGAGGUGCAUGGAGGUAAACCCAGACCGCAAGUUUCGUGGUACUUCGAAUCGCAGAAUAUCCAUGCGUCUACCGAAGUUCGAGAGACGCAGGGGCCGGGCGGCGAGACCAAUGUCGUAACCAUCAGCAACGUGACUGUGAAAGCUCUCACGAGGAGGCAUCAUCAUGCCAAGCUGUCCUGCCGAGCGAAUAACACUCAAUUAGCACCGCCACCCACCACCACCGUCGUCAUAGAGCUUAACAUGAAGCCGCUCAAGGUGGAGAUUUUGGGGAAGGACCAGAUCCUAUCGGCAGGGAAGACGUAUGACGUGAGAUGUCAGAGCGCCGGUUCGAGGCCGCCGGCGGUCCUGACUUGGUGGAAAUCCUCGAAGCAGCUGAAGGGACAGAAGAAAAACGACGGCGUGAGUCUGCAAUUCACGCCGACGGUGGAGGACGAGGGGAAGUUCUUGGUGUGUCGUGCCGAGAAUCCGAAGCUGCCGGAAGCCGGUAUCGAGGACCGAUGGAAGCUGAGAGUGCACUUUGCGCCCAUCGCCAGCCUCAAGAUAGGUUCCACUUUGAAUCCAAAGAACAUCAAGGAGGGCUCCGACGUUUACUUUGAGUGCAACGUCAGGGCGAAUCCCAGAUCGUACAAACUGACCUGGUUCCACGAGAAGGAGGAGCUACAUCACAAUGUCACCGCCGGCGUGGUGCUCUCGGAUCACUCGUUGGUGCUGCAGAGCAUAACUCGAGAGUCUGCCGGAGGGUACACCUGCAUGGCCGCAAACGUCGAGGGCCGUGCCAAGUCCAACGUAGUCAAUCUCGAGGUUAUGUUCGCGCCCGUUUGCAAGUACGUGCUGAACUCGGGUGGAGGCUGGAGGCACCAGAACGCCACACCACCGCCGUUCAACGUGCCCGAGGAGGUGCACGGCGCCCUCAAGCACGAGACCAUAAGUUUAGUUUGCGAGGUCGAGGCUAACCCUACCAACGUGACCUUCCAUUGGACCCUCAACAACAGUGGCGACCUCAACGACGUUCCGUCCACCAUCUACACCAACGAGGGCACAAUCAGCAGGCUUAAUUACACCCCGGUAACCGAUAGGGAUUACGGGGUCCUGGGCUGCUGGGCCAGCAAUUCCAUCGGUCAUUCCAAGCAACCUUGCCUCUAUCAGGUCAUCGCCGCAGGCAGACCUUACCCGUUGCAGAACUGUACGACCUACAACACGAACGGUUCCUGGGUUAGGAUAUCCUGCGUCGAGGGAUACGACGGCGGUCUACCGCAGAAAUUCGUCGCCAUCGUGGGUAAACGACGUCUGGAAUCAUCUCUUCCUUUCUGGGAGUUUCCGAUGCUCAAGCCAGCGAAGGUCGCCCUUUACGCGGUGAACGCGAAGGGUUCGAGCGAGCCGUACGCCAUAGAAGUCGUCUUAAAAGGGGUGGCUAAAUUCACUGAAUUUUCGUUCGUAGGCGAAUCGACGUCCUCGACUGACAUGUCACCGAUCUUGAUUGGGCUUGGUGGCACGGCGACCGGUCUGGGAUUAAUCGUGACCGGUGUGUUAAUGGCACUCUGGAGGAGGCACGCGGCUACCCCGGCGAAGCCGAAGCCGCCGCAGCAGCCUACCAUCGCGACUUUCGCGGGGAAGGGCGAGGAGGAGGACGGCAAUCCGGAUCUUAUACCCACAACGGCCUUGACCAACCAUCUCACUGACAGAAAGCUUCCUCGUUACGGGUCCCUGCCACGAAGACCACGUCAGCUGGAAGGACGCGGGAUGUCCCACGACGUCCUAGAAGAUUCAGAUUAUCCGAGAGCAUCGCCAAACACAUUCUACACUCUCCAAAGGCCGCACUCGGAGUCGAUCAGCAGGAGCAUUCAGGAGAGUUGCAUUUAAGGGUCAAACGCCGGCCGGGGACAUUAAGAGAAGUGGGCAGACGACAGUCUAGACGGAUGGACGAGAAGACCCAGACGUCUGCUGCGUCGCCCAACUUCCGGGUCGUCGACCAUCGUUCAACAGGGUAUAGGAGGCCCCUGGACCAUGGCAUGAUGGAGACUGGGAGCACGGAGGCGAGGGAGAAUGGAGCUACCACGCUUGUGCCACGUUUUGCACGCGUUCAAGCGUUACCAAAGUCAUUUAUAUAUCCACUUGAUUCACACUACGCCUUUGUAAAUAUUGUAUAUAAAUAAAACACUUUUUCGUGUUACAACCUU